AUGGCAAUCGCUCUGCCCGAUAGUCAUAAGCCGAAGGACCGGCCCGAGCCGCGGGGCGUAGUCAUCACCCCUGAACCCGCCGGCGACCCUGAAACUCACCAUGGUCUCAACGACAAGACCCAGGCGGCCUCGGACUCACUGGUAACUUCAUUGUCAAAGUCGUCCAAUCCCACCACUCCAUCUUUUCUCUCCACCCUUCACACCCUCUUCACCACCCUGCCCUCCCUCCCUCUAAGCAGUCCCAUCUGGACGCUCAUCGAACACCUCUAUCGCCUUCCCAACCACCCUCCACCACGCACCAGGGACCCAUCCCGCCCCAUGCAGAUCAUCUGCGUUGGCUUUCCCCGUACCGGCACCGAGUCCCUCGCGCAAGCCCUCACCCACCUCGGAUAUUCCCACGUCUACCACGGGUGGGACGUCGUCUACGACCCUUCCGACCUCUGCUACUCACCAGGCUGGGUGAAGCUGGCAAGGAAGAAGUUUUACCCUGUUGCCGACAACCACUCUUUCCAGUUCCAGUCCCACCCGACGAUAACUAGAGCAGACUUCGAGGGGUUGUUAGGACACUGCCAAGCCGUAACCGACGCACCAGCGUCCGUGUUCGCCGCAGAGUUAAUAGCUGCGUAUCCUGAGGCAAAAGUGGUGUUGAAUAUGCGGAGGGAUGAGGAGAAGUGGCAGGAGUCGUUGGUGAAGACGAUUAUCAAGGCGAAUGAGAGCUGGGGUUUUUGGGUGGCUAGUUGGUUGGACCGGGAGUGUUUCUGGGCGUGGCAUGUGUAUGAACGGUUUCUGUGGCCGGCGCUGUUUAGGUGUGUUGGUGGGUAUGGGGAAUUGGGGAGUGUACUGCUGGAGUGGUACAUUGAAGACGGCUGGGAACCGCUCUGCAAGUUCUUUGACAAGGAAAUACCGGACAUCCCCUUUCCUCAUGCCAAUGAGGCUGUUGGUGGUUGGAAGGCGAGAGAAGAGCAGUGUAACAAGAGAUGGGUGGAAAGGGCUUUUGUCAACUUGAUCCUCAUUUUCGUGGUGUUGGUCUUCUUGAUCAUCGCUUGGUGGUGGUUUUGA